AUGGCUGGCUAUAAUCAAAACUAUCUUACCCCAGCCUCGGGCCAGGAGCCAGGCGAGUCCUUUGCCCAGACGGGGGCCGAAUUCAGUCUCGACGACAGCGAAAUCGGUAGCCCUGGAUAUCUCGCGACCCCGACACGAAGCCCCGGCUUUCGGCCUGGCCACAUCUCCCCUUCAUUCGCACAGACCGGUGCCGAGCUUGAUCUCGACGAUAGCGAUGAGGAAGACGACGAAGACGAGGAUGAGGACGACUUCGAUCUACGCUCCGAGGUUGUUGGAAAUGCCGGUCCGGCGGCCGAGGUAUACCAGAUGGUAGAGCAGAACCAAGCGCGGAGGGACCUCACCGUUGAGCGCCCUUGGGAGGGGAACGAGCUGAUGUCACCCCGACCGGACAUGCGUAAUAACAGCACAAGCUCCGUCGCCAGCUUCCAGCUGUACACGCCGGACGAGGAGGUUGCAGUCCGGAGGAAGCUUGAUCGCAAGCUCGUCUUGUUCGUCGCGCUGCUCUUCUUGCUAAGCUUUCUCGAUCGCUCCAACAUUGGAAACGCUCGGAUUGCUGGGAUGGACAAGGACCUUCAGACGAAGCCGCCCCGCGACGAUUGGUACGACUGGUCUCUCACGGCUUUUUACAUAUCGUACAUCUCUUUCGAGUGGAUGGCGUUGCUCUGGAGGCUUAUACCGGCUCACAAGUUCGUCUGCGGCAUCGUCAUCGCAUGGGGCGCGACCGCAGCGCUGCAGUCUAUUGCACCCUCGUAUCCUGUGUUAAUAUUCUUCCGGGUUGUGCUGGGAAUCAGCGAGGCGGGCUUCACUGGAAUCCCGUUCUAUCUGAGCUUCUUUUUCAAAAGGGACGAGCUUGCCUUCCGGACCGCCAUGUUCAUCUCUGCUGCUCCUCUCGCCACUAGCUUUGCUUCCUCCCUAGCAUGGGUAAUCGUCAAGUGUGCCGAGCUGAGUCCAAUCGCCCCCUGGCGACUCCUGUUCCUCAUCGAGGGCUUCCCCUCAGUCAUAGCAGGCGUCAUUGCCUUCAGAGUCAUCCCCGACUCCCCCCAAACCGUAUCUUACUUCACCAAGCGCGAGCGUAAAGUCGCCAGGCUGCGCCUCCGCGGCGAGAAGCCAACCCCCACCAAGCCCGACCAAAAGGAAGACUCGGGCGGCAGCCAGGGCCAGGCCCUCCUCGCCGUCUUCCGCGACCCCGUCGCCUGGAUCUCCGCCGCCAUGUUCUUCCUCUCCAACAUGGCCUACUCCUCCCUCCCCGUCUUCCUCCCCAAGAUCCUCACCGAGAUGGGCUUCAACAACCUCUCCGCCCAGGCCCUCAGCGCGCCCCCUUUCCUCGUCGCCUUUUUCCUCGUCCUCGUCACCGCCCACCUCUCCGACCGCUUCCGCACCAGGACCAUCCCCAUCGUUUUCCACGCUGCUGCCUCCGCCGCCGGGUACGCCAUCCUCGCCGUCGCCGAGCCCAUGAAGCUCUCCCCCGUGUUCCGCUACGUGGCCGUUUACCCGGCCGCCGCGGGGUUCUUCAACGUCGUCACUCUCAUCAUCACCUGGAGCAUCAACAACCAGGCCAACCAGAGCCGGCAGGGAGGCGGCUUCGCUCUGCUACAGCUCAUCGGCCAGUGCGGGCCCCUGGUCGGCACGCGUCUAUAUCCAGUCAAGGACGGGCCAUACUACGCGCACGGCAUGCGCACCUGCUUCUGGGCCAUGCUCGGGGUCGCCAUAUUGGCCAUCAUUCUUCGAGUAUAUAUGUCAUAUCAGAACAGGAAGAUGGAUAGGCUUGAAAAGGAGCGAGCCUCUGAACUAGUUGACGAAGAGGAGGAGGGUUUGGUUGGAAACGGGAGGCGGCAAACCCAACCAGACUCGUUUCGCUACAUGCUUUAA